ACUCUCACCGCAAUCCAAAACGCUAACCCCUUGAUUCAGUAGAAACCCUAAAAUUCUCCAGAUUCCGGUGUGAUACACGGAAAUGCGAUUCACUUCAUAAACCCUAUCGUUCCCAAAUUAACCUCAUCACCUUCAAUUUUCUGACGCUUGUUUAGCUUCUAGGGUUUGUGAUCAGAAAAAAAAAUGUCUGUGCCACCGGUGCAGUGCGUAUACGUAACGGAGGACUGUGUUCGCGAAUGGAGGAGUGGCAAUCCUUCAUUCAAAGUCUCUCAAUCCGUUCCAAUGCUUCGUUUCCUCUACGAGCUAUCUUGGACUAUGGUUCGGGGUGAAUUACCAUUUCCGAAGUGUAAAGUAGCAUUAGAUUCUGUGAUAUUCUCAGAUAAAGCUUCUGCUGAGAAAGUAGCAUCAAAUUUUGCAGAUAUAGUGAGCCAAAUGGCUCAAGAUCUUACAUUGUCAGGAGAGUUUCGUUUGCGUCUCAUUAAACUGGCAAAAUGGCUUGUGGAAUCUGGAUUGGUUCCAGUUAGAUUACUUCAAGAACGCUGUGAGGAAGAGUUUUUGGGGGAGGCUGAAUUUAUCAAAAUUAAGGCGCAGGAGUUGAAGGGAAAAGAGGUCAGAGUUAAUACAAGACUUCUUUAUCAGCAAACCAAAUUCAAUCUUCUCAGAGAAGAGAGUGAGGGCUAUGCCAAACUGAUCACUCUUCUUUGUCGGGACUCCGAAGCAGCGACUCAGAAAGGAUCUGCAUCAACAAUUGGGAUCAUUAAGUCAUUAAUUGGCCAUUUUGAUUUGGAUCCAAACCGUGUUUUUGAUAUUGUACUUGAGUGUUUUGAAUUUCAGCCCGAUAAUGAUUUGUUUAUAGAGCUGAUUCCUAUUUUUCCUAAGUCUCAUGCUUCACAGAUUCUUGGAUUUAAAUUUCAAUAUUAUCAGCGCAUGGAAGUCAGUAAUCCUGUACCAUUUGGGCUUUAUAGACUUGCAGCCUUGCUGGUGAAGCAAGAUUUUAUCGAUCUUGAUAGCAUAUAUGCUCAUUUACUCCCCAAGGAUGAUGAAGCAUUUGAGCAAUAUAGCACUUUCUCUUCCAAGCGCCUUGAUGAGGCUAGUAAAAUUGGAAAAAUAAAUCUUGCUGCUACUGGAAAAGAUCUAAUGGAUGAUGAGAAAAUGGGGGAUGUCACUAUUGAUCUCUUUGCAGCUUUAGCCACGGAAACUGAUGCAAUUGAAGAGCGGAAGUCUGAGCUUCAAAGCAGUCAAACUUUGGGCUUGUUUACUGGCUUUCUUUCUGUGGAUGACUGGUAUCAUGCACAUAUACUAUUUGAACGCCUCUCACCACUCAAUCCCGUGGAACAUAUUCAAAUAUGUGAUAGUUUGUUUAGGCUUAUUGAGAAAUCAAUUUCUUCAUCAUAUGAUGUUAUUCGUCAAGCACGUCUUCAAAACCCUGGAUCAUCCACUGGAGGCAGCAAUGAUGCUAUGGACGUAGAUAACCCUUCAGGACACAGUUCUUUCAUAGAUCUUCCGAAGGAACUUUUUCAGAUGCUUGCUUGUACUGGACCUUAUCUCUACCGAGAUACUAUGUUGUUGCAAAAGGUUUGUAGGGUGUUGAGAGGUUAUUACCUUUCUGCUCUUGAGCUUGUUAGUCAUGGCGAUGGUGCCUCGAAUCCUCAAUUUCAUGGAAAUCCUCUUCUACAUCAGAAGGAAGCAAAGCUAAGGUUGGAGGAUGCUUUAGGAACAUGUCUACUACCUUCUCUACAGUUGAUUCCUGCUAAUCCAGCUGUUGGCCAGGAAAUUUGGGAACUUAUGAGUCUUCUUCCUUAUGAGGCACGAUAUCAUUUAUAUGGUGAAUGGGAAAAAGAUGAUGAUCGCUAUCCUAUGCUGUUGGCUGCUAGACAAACUGCUAAGUUGGACACCAGACGUAUUUUGAAGCGGCUGGCAAAGGAAAAUUUGAAGCAGCUGGGUCGGAUGGUUGCUAAAUUAGCUCAUGCCAACCCUAUGACUGUCCUUCGAACAAUUGUUCACCAGAUUGAGGCAUACAGAGACAUGAUUACUCCUGUAGUGGAUGCAUUUAAGUAUUUGACUCAGCUUGAAUAUGAUAUAUUGGAAUAUGUCGUGAUUGAGCGUUUGGCACUUGGUGGACGUGAUAAGUUGAAGGAUGACGGGCUUAAUUUAUCAGACUGGCUUCAAUCUCUAGCUUCAUUUUGGGGCCAUCUAUGUAAAAAGUACCCAUCAAUGGAAUUGCGGGGACUUUUCCAGUAUCUAGUGAACCAGUUAAAAAGGGGACAAGGAAUAGAGCUUGUUCUACUCCAGGAACUUAUCCAACAAAUGGCAAAUGUUCAGUUCACAGAAAACUUGACUGAGGAACAGCUGGAUGCUAUGGCAGGGAGUGAAACUCUGAAAUAUCAAGCCACUUCUUUUGGAGUCACUCGAAAUAAUAAGGCAUUGAUAAAGUCAACUAGCAGGCUUAGAGAUGCAUUACUUCCUAAAGACGAACCGAAGUUGGCAACCCCCCUCUUGCUGCUUCUUGCUCAGCAUCGUUCUCUGGUUCUCGUUAAUGCAGAUGCGCCCUACAUUAAGAUGGUCAGUGAACAGUUUGAUAGAUGCCAUGGAACUCUUCUUCAGUAUGUGGAUUUUCUUGGCAGUGCAGUUACACCAGGAUCAAAUUAUGCUAUUCUUAUUCCCUCACUCGAUGACCUGGUCCACCUUUACCACUUGGACCCUGAGGUUGCUUUCUUGAUAUAUCGCCCUAUUAUGAGACUUUUCAAGUCUCAGAGGAUUCCCGAUGUGUACUGGCCCUUGGAUGAUAAAAAUGCUGCAAGUGAUGCAUCUACUAACUUUGAGUCUGACCCUGCAGAUUAUUCUGGUAGUAUGAUUCUAGAUAUUGGCCCCAUCAAAAAUCCGAUUAGUUGGUCAUAUCUUCUUGAUACUGUUAAAACCAUGUUGCCUUCAAAAGCAUGGAAUAGCUUAUCUCCUGAUCUAUAUGCAACAUUUUGGGGUCUCACAUUAUAUGAUCUGUACGUUCCAAAAAAACGUUACGAAUCAGAAAUAGCCAAGCUGCAUGCUAGUCUUAAAUCUUUGGAAGAACUUUCUGACAAUUCAAGCUCAGCAAUCACCAAGAGGAAGAAAGAAAAGGAAAGAAUUCAAGAAUCUCUUGAUCGUCUGAUUAGUGAACUGCAUAAACAUGAAGAAAAUGUUGCAUCUGUCAGUAGACGGCUCUCUCAUGAAAAAGACAAAUGGUUAAGUUCCUGCCCCGAUACUUUGAAGAUUAACAUGGAGUUUCUUCAGCGUUGUAUAUUUCCACGCUGUACUUUCAGUAUGCCAGAUGCUGUUUAUUGUGCUAUGUUUGUACACAAACUUCAUUCCCUUGGAACCCCUUUUUUUAACACAGUCAACCACAUAGAUGUUCUUAUUUGUAAGACCCUUCAACCAAUGAUUUGCUGUUGCACUGAAUACGAGGUUGGUAGGCUCGGCAGGUUUCUCUAUCAGACUUUGAAGAUUGCUUACUGUUGGAAGAGUGAUGAAUCUAUUUAUGAACGUGAGUGUGGAAACAUGCCGGGAUUUGCCGUUUAUUAUAGAUAUCCAAAUAGCCAGCGAGUGACAUAUGGACAGUUCAUUAAGGUACAUUGGAAAUGGAGUCAAAGAAUCACACGGUUACUAAUUCAGUGUCUGGAAUCUAGCGAGUACAUGGAGAUUAGAAAUGCUCUGAUAAUGUUGACUAAAAUUUCUGGUGUUUUCCCUGUUACUCGGAAGAGUGGGAUAAACCUUGAAAAGCGGGUAGCGAAGAUUAAAAGUGAUGAAAGAGAGGAUCUUAAGGUGUUGGCAACUGGUGUAGCAGCAGCACUUGCUGCUAGGAAGUCUUCUUGGGUUACCGACGAAGAAUUUGGUAUGGGUUAUCUUGAUUUGAAGGCUGCACCGUCUACGACUAAAUCAUCAGCANNAAAUUCAGCCGCUGUACAAAGUGGGAUAAGUCUUAAUGUUUCUCAAACUGAAUCUACCAGUGGGAAACAUCUAGAGUCUGGAAACACAGCCAAAGACCAGACAAUAAGAACAAAAACCGCAGAUGGCAAGUCAGAAAGAACUGAAAGCAUCACAGCAACAAAAUAUGAUUCUGGCCACGUAAAACUCAAGGGUGGCUCUAUGGUGAAUGGAUUGGAUGCUCAAUCGUCUCUACCCUCACCUGCUGGACAAUCCGGGGCAUUAAAAUCUGUGGAAAACCCAAAGCAAAUGGAAGAAUCCAUAAGUAAGGCACCAGAUGACCACACUACAAGAAACGUCGAGUCAAGAACCUCUACGAAACGCUCAGUUGCUGCUGGUUCACUUUCAAAGCCAUCAAAACAAGAUCCUGUGAAAGAGGAUGGUAGAUUUGGAAAAACUGUUAUUAGAACCUCAGGUUCCUUGUGUAGCGACAAGGAUCUUCAAACCCAUGUAUCAGAUGGAAGACACACUGGAAUUAACAUCUCUACUUCAGUUAGUGCUAAUGGUAACAGCGUUUCAGGUUCUGCAAAAGGUUUAGCUCCAUUGGCUAAAAUUUCAUUUGAUGGUUCUGGUAAUGAAUCAAAGGCAGAGGUUGGAGCUUCCAAGUCUUCUUUGGUGAAGGAUGAUGGAAGUGAUAUUGCUGACUUCACAAGAGGAUCCUCUUCUCGUGUAGUGCAUUCCCCUAGGCAUGAAAACACUGCUACCUCAAAGUCUAGUGAUAAAAUUCAGAAGCGAGCUGGUUCUGCUGAUGAACUAGACAGACUAGGUAAACGGAGGAAAGGUGAUGUAGAUCUAAGAGAUUUAGAGGGUGAAGUUCGAUUCUCUGAAAGAGAGAAGCUGUUGGAUCCUCGAGUGGAUGAUGACAAAGGGGGACCAGAUGAACUUGGUCUGUACAGAGCAGGUGAUAAGACGUUGGAAAGGCCAAAGGAAAAAGGUAAUGAAAGAUAUGAAAGGGAACAUAGGGAAAGGUUGGACCGUCUGGACAAGUCUCGUGGUGAUGACUUUGUUGUAGAAAAACCUAGGGAUAGGUCAAUAGAAAGAUAUGGGAGAGAACGAUCUGUUGAGAGAAUGCAAGAGAGGGGUAGCGAGAGGAGUUUCAAUAGACUCCCUGACAAGGCAAAAGAUGAAAGAAGUAAGGAUGAAAGAAAUAAAUUACGAUAUAAUGAUGCAUCAAUAGAAAAAUCUCAUGCAGAGGAGCGUUUCCAUGGGCAAAACUUGCCCCCGCCACCCCCUUUACCUCCUAAUAUGGUUCCUCAAUCUGUUGGUGCUGGUAGGCGUGAUGAAGAUGCUGAUAGGAGGUAUGGAGCUACAAGGCAUUCUCAAAGACUUUCUCCAAGGCAUGAAGAAAAAGAACGGAGACGGUCUGAAGAGAGUGUGAUUUUGCAGGAUGAUCCCAAACGUAGAAAAGAUGAUGAUUUUCGAGAUCGUAAGCGUGAUGAAAUGAAGGUAUGGAAAGAACAGACACAUGAUACAGCUGCAGAGAAAGCAAACAUUCUAAAGGAAGAGUUGGAUUUAAAUGCUGCAUCCAAGAGACGUAAACUUAAGAGGGAGCAUCUACCAACUAUGGAGCCUGGGGAGUACUCACCAGCUGCGCCUCCACCUCCUGCCUCAGGUAUUGGUAUGUCACAUGCAUAUGAUGGAAGAGACAGAAAAGGGCCAAUGAUCCAGCAUCCUAGUUACAUAGAUGAACCAAGUCUUAGGAUUCACGGUAAAGAGGUAGCCAGCAAGUUGAAUCGUCGUGAAUCAGAUCCUUUGUAUGACCGUGAAUGGGACGACGAGAAGAGACAAAGAGCUGAUCAAAAGCGAAGACAUCGGAAGUGAUCAUCGAUGGAUUUGCAAGUAAAACUUGUUGUACGGCUGUUCAUUUCAUGGAGGUGCUAGGGUUAUAUCAUUAUCAUCUGCUACUUUGUACCAAAUUUUAAACUGUUUAAAUUAUUUGUUUUUCCCCUAAAGUGGGCGCAAAGAAAAUAUGAAUUGACAUGUACACUUGUAUAGAAUGUUGUAUAUUUUGGGUAGUCAGUGAUCAAAUGUACUCUGAGAAUGUGAUUAAAUAGUUGAACCUUCAUUUACAUGAAUGGUCCAACAGAGAACACACAUUUUUGUAAACCUAGUGUAACUGUUUUGCUGAUCUUACAUGAAAGCGUUUGAAGUCUA